UGUUUUUCUUUUCUUUACAGAGCCAGCAAAACCCAACAUAUGGGAAUUCAAUGGAAUUCAGCGCUUAGAUUUGAACCAGCAAUGUUAGAUUUUGGUGAACAUGCGGUGGGCAUGCCAGAAAUAAGAACGGUUAGGGUGUUCAACCCGCAUCAUGAAAACAUGCGAAUGCUGUCCAUCUCAGGAACAACACCACACUUUCAUUGUUCGUUUUUUCAAGAAAAGGUUUUACCACAAGAUGGGAACACUACGUUUGAUGUAGUCUUUUUAGCAAGAUUGCCUGGAAAUGUAGAAAACACCAUUUUUAUUCGCACAAGUGCUGGUACAACACCAUAUCAGGUGUUCGGCACAGGUGUACCCAAUCCAUACCGAUUGCGUCCGUUCUUGGGCGCCAGAGUCCCCCUCAACAGCAGCUUUUCACCUUUAAUUAAAAUGCACAACCCUUUUAGUUCAGCUCUCAUGGUUACAGAAAUGUACAGUAGUGGGGGAGACUUGCAUCUAGAGUUACCAUCAGGUUCACAAGAAGCACCCAGAAACCAGUGGGAGAUAGCGCCAUACCAGACCAAGUCUGUCAUGAGGGCUAGUUUUGUGGGUCGGACUGAAAACAACCAUACGGCAUUCAUCCGUAUCAGGACCAACCGUACAUCACUUAAACAAGGCCCUCUUGAGGCAGAAGAGGGAGAGUUUCUUAUGCUACCUGUAGAAGUUGAGGUUUCAUCAGUUCCUGGUAUUUAUUCUUCUCUGGAAAUGAUGGACUUUGGAACUCUACGCACUCAAGAUGAACCGAAAACCAUUCCCCUCUAUUUACUAAAUACGGGUCCAAAAGUCGUGCAUAUAUCGUCUGUAUCCCUAGUUAGAGCCAACCAAGCUAUUUCAAUAGAUUUCAGUCCGAUGGGGUUGCGGCCCUCAGACACACACAUCAGGGUUGCCAAUUUGACCUUUCACCCUAGAAGAGCCAAUCAUACAAGACUCUGGUCAGGAAAGAUCAUUAUAAAGACGAAGGAAAAAGGCUUCAAACUUCUGAUUCCAUAUCAAGCACAUGUACUUCAAGGUAUUCUUAGGUACAGUAGGAACAACACCUUGUUUUACUUGUCAGACCCUCCUCCAAAAGGUAUGACAGAGAGGAAUCUAUCACUCACAAAUCUCUUCAACUUCUCCAUAGUUCUGCAUAGCAUGAAGCUCGUGGAUGAUGCUAAAGAGGUUUUUAGUGUGAUGAAUGUCAGUCUACCUGUAUCGAUAACACCGCAACAAACAUACAGUGAUUUGGUGUUACGCUUCAACCCUGCAAACGCAUCUCAACCUGUGUCUGCUACACUGAAACUUAACACCAAUGCUUCAGUGUUUACCGUUCCAAUCUAUGCCUAUACUGGCAAGUUAAAGUUUUCUAUAAGCUCCGAUAAGGACAAGGUUGACUUUGGUACGAUGAGUGUAACAGAUACAAGAACAACAUCGAUAGAAGUAGUCAACAAUAACCCUGUGGAGGUGCCAUUAGAGAUGUUUUCGUGUACAUUAGAGAAGUGUUUCAUGUUACUCAGGAGUAUAGAGAGAAUAGAUGAUAGCAACAUGGAUGGGAAUGAAGACACGGUCAUACCCUCACCCAAAGCAGUUGUUAUACCAGCUGGUCAUGUAGCUAACUUUGUUGUGACGGUGACGGCACCACUAAGUGAAGGUCAGUUUGUAGGUGAGGUCAUCUAUAAGACAGCGUAUGAAGAGAAAAGAAUCAUGGCUACCUUGAAGACUGUAGAAGGCUACCUCAGUGUACGGCCAGAUUACAUCACUAUGAAACCAUCAUUCCCUGGUUAUACACAGUCUCAGAGCUUCACUGUUUCUAAUAGCUUCAGUCAUCGGCUUAGAAUAGAGAGUAUAGCGCCCGACCCUCCCGAUGAUAGGUUCUAUUACAAACCACCGGUCAAAGUAGUCAACGUUGAAGUAGAUGCACACAAGAAACAAAAGAUUGGGAGGAUAGUCUUUGAUUCCAGGAAGCAGUGUGCUACAGACUGUUAUGUAGGAUUACAACCAAACUCACCACAAUCUGAGAUGUGGUUGUCAUCGCUUGCUUUGCCUGAUGAUACACAGGACAUUGACAAGCUUUCCUACAACUACCUGCGUAACAAAUGGUACAAGCUGGUAGAAUCAGGACAGACAAGUGUGAACACCACGAUGUAUCUGAAUAGCAACCUAGUGAAGAAGAUACCUAUUACAGUCCAGGCAGAGUUAGAGUGGCCUACGCUAGCAGAUAGACAAGAAGCAAAGUUUCCUCUCACAUACAUCGGCAACACUUCAAUUGCUGAGGUGACCCUAUUGAAUCCUACAGACAGACUGGUAGUAGCUCAGCUACUUCCCAUCUCAGCUUACCAGGAUCCAGCAGGGGCAUUAGAUCUACUUACAGAAAGCAGUGAACAGAUGGAUCCAGAGUUCAUAGAAAUUGAUGAUCCUGAAGUCUUCUUUCUAGCUGAUGUUAAAGAUAAGUCAUCACCAGGAAAAUGCCUCAAAUCUCAGCGUGAAGCAGUAGAGAGUUUGAUAGGUGUGAAGACAAGCCCAGAUGCUCUCAUUGUUAGUAUCAAACCUAAACAGAAUGUUACAGUUCAUCUAGGGUUUAGACCAACUGAUACUAAAGAAAGAUAUUCCCUCAUCUUAAUUAGGAACAACCUGACAGUGUUAGAUGCAGUGGUAGUACAGGGCCAGGGAGGUUCAGGAGAGCUUAGACUUAACAACAAACGACCUGGUGUCAACAGCAAUCUACUAUUUGAACUUAAAAGUAGCCAUCUUGUCGACUGCAAUAAAACAUCUCCUAAAGCAAGGAGUCCACCCAACUUCACUGUGAAGAGAACAUUCAACAUGAAGAACACUGGUCAGUUACCACUAUCCAUCGAUACAUUCCUCAUCAAUGGGAGACUGUGUGAGGGCUAUGGUUUCAGGGUCUUACAGUGUAGACCAGUGGAGAUUCUACCCAAUGAAACAAGGAGGCUUGAUAUAGCAUUCACACCCGACUUCACUCUAAACCGAGUCACACGUGAGCUAGAGGUUGUAGCCUUUACUGGUGAGACGCUAUCCUUCACACUCAUAGCUACUCUACCGCCUAACAUGUUAGCUCCAUGUACAGCUGCCUUACCGCGACCUCAAUGGGAAAUCCCCCUCCAUCUCCUGUCUGUAUGCCUGAUGGCUCUUCUCUUCCUGGUCAUAGUAGCAGUGUCCUACCUUGAGAUGGUCAGGUAUCUAGAACCAAUAGGAACCAACAAGGCUAAACUAUCAGAGGCUGAUCAAGAUGAGAUUGAUUCUAUCAAACCCUUUGAUCUGAGGAAUAUAGCUGGGUUGAAACCUGUACCACAUGGUGGGGUUGGUGGUGAUGGAGGUGAUAGAGGAGGUGCUGUUAGUUUGCCAGGAGGAGCAGGUGGUGGUGGAGGGGGUGCAAACUCAACGGCAGCAAACAAAGCAAAGUCUAGAGCAUCGAGUCUCCUGUCUUCGUUAGGUGAAAAGCUGAACAUAUUUUCUGGGAGCAGAUCGGUUUCCAAAUCUCGUUCUGUUUCUAGUUCGGUAGCCAACAAUACACGGCAGGCAGAGAGUCGCGGCUCCAUUGAUCGGGAAAAAGUCCAAUUGAACAAUUUAAACAGUACUACAACCUCGUCAGCUCCUAAAGUUUUUAAUAGGGCGCCCUCUGGUCAGCCAGCAUACACGCUGCAAGAUCGGAAGGCUUCUCGGAGCAAGCGAGGUCUCCCACCUGAUUUUGAAAAUAAUUUGGAAUCAGAACCAGUUGGAAAUAACAGCGAAUAUAGCAACGGUAGAGUCUUGUCUAGCGAAAUGAUAGAUGAGAAUCAUGUGAACCACGCUGGAGAUUACGAAUCAUCUUACCAAAAGCAUAACUCACGAAUGAGAGGUAAAGUGAGUGGAAGAGGAGAUGAGGGACACAUGGGGUCAGAGGUUAAAGAUGACGAGAUUUCAUCGACCACUACAGAAGAAUCAAAUGCAGAGUCAGAAUAUUCAGAGAGAAGCAGCAAACAAUAUGUUGAUGACGAUGCUAGCCUUAGUGAAUCAGGAGUGUCUACUACCCCUGCUGAUGACCUUGAGGCUGAAGGUCAACGUUUAGCUGCUCAACGAUUCAAGAAUGUCAAGUCUAAGGGCAAACCUCGUAAGGGAUCGUCGAAGGCUAACUCUAAAUCUACUUUUCAUGGUGACGUCUGCCGACCAAGCACCCUGGAGCUACCAUACACGACAGCUUUGGAGGCAGGUCGUCGUCAGGACAACUUUGACAAAGAGCCGACCUCACCACACUCCAUUGCAGCAAAGGUCGCUGCCAAGGCAACUAAGAAAACAAUCAAGGUUUCUAAGACAGGCAAGUCAAUGGACAGUGAUGCAACCAGUACAACAAGCAGUGAAGCAGACAAGGACUCACCCCUACCCCUAUGGGAUCAAGCCAAACCUAUCCCAUCAGGUCCUGCUCAUCAACGCCCAACGGCUCAGACACAGCAACCCAUCGGAUCAGCUCCACGUCCUAGUUCAGCUGCUGCUGGGUUGAUUGCUAGGCCUAUCAGCUACAGCAGUGCAGUGUCUGGGGCAGCUCAGGGGGAAGGAGCAGGGCCUAACGCAGAAGAGGGUAAGACUCCUAACACCAAGUCUAAACUGACCAAGCAACUAUCAGCACCUGAAGAGAAGUCUGCAUUCAGUACUGUCAACGACACCAAGCCUACCCAUCCAGGAACCAUUGGAACGAAGCAGAAUAAGAGCAACAAGCCCCGCUCUGCUGGAGCCACUGUUCAACAGCCUCCAUCAUGGAGUCAGACUGCGGGACACGUAGAAGCUAGUGGUAGCAGCUCAGAUACAGGAUCAUCAGCUGGUCCUGCUAGUCCAAGUUUCUUUGGCUCCUCUGCUAUCAAACUGGACCAGAACUCUGGACUUAUGAAGAACAAGAAGAAACCGACCCCGUCUCAAUUCAACUUUGUAGGAGAUGCUUUGGGUGCUGCAUCCAUGUGGGAUAACCCAACUCCAUCUCCACUGAGCGCACCCCCAGGACUACCUCCACCAACAUCAAGUCAAGCAGGAGGCCUAGGUGACUGGUUGGGUUUUGGAGUGAGUCGUGCUCCUACUGCUAGUAGCAUGUGGGAGUCAAGUCCAUCUACAUCUAACACAGCCACCUGGUCUACCAACUCUGCAUCACCAGGAUACCCUCAACAGAACUACUACCCGUCUCAAGGUCUGUGGUCUAGCCCCAGCUCCUUGGGCGGAGGAGAGCACACCUGGGCCGGAGGGAGUACUAGUCUCUUUGAUAACUCUAUCUGGAGUAGCUCAUCGGAUAAUAACAGCUCCCUCAUGGAUACCAGUGGUGCUCAUAAUGCAGCAGACCCUGAGGCAACUCCACGAGCUUUUGACCCGUUUCACAGCAGUAUCUGGGGUCCUUCUCAUGGCAGCGGAGGCCCCAACCCCUGGGCUAACCCCGACACAGAUAACAACAAAUAGAGAGAAAGACAGUAAUCAGCCAUGGUUUAAUCAUAGACAAGCACUUUUUUUCAUUUUAUUCUCAACUUUUUGUUCCCUCCCCUCCCCUCCCCUCCCCCUGCACAAAAAUGUCAAGCAAGUACAUCUCAUAGUGUUUUAAAUUAUUGUACAAAUCAGAUGGUUAUCUUUUUUAUCUUAUUUAUAUGUAGUGAGAUGGUGAGGGUGUUUGAUUCGGCUAACAUUCUAUAACAAAUUUGCUCUCAGCCAAUCAAAUGGCAUGAUUACAGUAGCUUAUAACAGGUAUUGUAACGUGCUAUUGAUCCAUUUUAUGGUAACAUUGGUGAUUAACACAAAGCAAAGAAUGGGUUUAAUAAUUGAAUGUGAUGUGAACUUUCUACCUGAAUAAGAUAAGUCUAAAGGCAAAAUGUAUCAAUGAUCUUUAGGGGUACUAUUAACAAUGUGAAAUGCUAUAGACAGCAAGUUAAUUGAGUUAACAAUACUGGAUGAAACGUUUUUCUUAGAAAUAUAACUUCAGUAACACUGAUACCAUGUUUUCAUCAAAGUGUGUACAACCAAAGCAGAAAACAAAGUACACAUUAUAAAUGACAAAAUCAAGAUGCUGGAAUCCUCAUUUUAACUCUCUAGAUUGUAUUUUCGAUGAAAAAAACAACUGUCCAUCACUUUUUCUUUUCCAAAACAUAAACAUUGAUAGAUGCACAUGUCAUCCACACACACACACACACGCACACACACACACACACACAAAAACAAGCACUCUCAUAUGAAGGAUUAACAAAAUCUUAAAUAGUACCUCUACUUUGUUGAUGAUUAAGUUCUGUUAUGCAAGAUAAUGAUAAGCACUGUAUGCUAUGUUGAAUGCCAAAUAAAACAUGAAGCGCUGGGGAUUUUUAAAGUUUGCUAUAUAAAUGUGUAUAAAUGGGUGCAAGCUUUUGCAAUUAUGUAAAAAAUGUCUUGCAUUCCUUUUUUAAAAAGUGUAUUGAAUGUAAUCUGAUUGGGAUGAUGCCCUUUUAUUUUACAUUUCUUCUCAUUCUGGCUUUGUGGUAACCACCACAAGAUCGCAGGAAUAAAAAUUUAAUGGAUAUCCUUUCAACAAUUUGUAAUUAAUUUUUAUCUCAAUACUCGUUUCAACAUUUGUAAAGACAUAGUUGGAUUAUUUCGAAGACAAAAUUGUCAAGAUUUGGUAAUACCUUUUAAACUUUGAAAAAAGAAAAAAGUUCUAAAUUUCAUUUCCUUCUUCAAAGUUAAAACUUGAAUUUAAAAAAUAUAGAAAGAAAAUUAGCAUUGUUUCCUGACAGGAGUAUAUUUUAUAAUUGUCUGAUAGACAAUGCAUAGUGUAUAAUAAGCAUUAUAAAUGCUUCCAUUUCACAUUGUUAUAUGUGCUAGUCAAUUCAAGUUUACUUUUGUUUCCUUUUUAUUUGCUGACCAAUUGAGGUAAUUCAAGUGACAACAGAACAUAUUUCCCAGCAUAUGUAAUUUGGCAGCUUCAGUCUGUUUUGUCUUGAAUAUGUUCUUAUAUAAUUGUCACGUUUGGAAGAAAAUCUUGUUCCAGUCAGUAUGAACUAUAGAAACCAAAUGUGGAUAAUUUUGUAGUGAAGUAGCUCGUAUGGAUGCACUAUGAGUCUGGUUGUGGAAUUUAAUUUUGGGUGAAAGAUGUCCAGGUGAUAUGCAAUUAAAACAAUGAGUCAUAAAGAUUCCGAAAGUACUAUUGUAGAGUUAUGAUAACUUGCAUAUUUAGCCCUGAGCAUUUCUGCUAGACUUACAACAAGAAAACUAACCCUGAAUAAUAUUUUCUAAAUUUCUUGUGAUUUUAUUUAUUCUUUUAGUGUCCCUAUUUUUUUUUUUUAAUAUUUGAAUACCAACAAAGCAACUAUGGCAGGAGAAGAAAUUCAUAAUUUAUAUAUUACAUUGUUUCAUUUUCAUGAUUCACCAUGAAAAAGAAUUGUCAUUUUCAAGGUACUUACUACUAAUUUCAUGUGUGUUUCCUUUGUUCUGUUGCCGGAAUGGACAUAGCAAAUAAAGUUCAACACCAAAAUGCAGAAUAAAUAGAUUAUCUUUUUCUUUAAAACUUUUUUUAUCCCCAAACAUUCCUUAAUAGAUUAAUGUAUAAUUCAAGCAGAUGAAUAAACUUUGAGCGUGUUGAGACAAAAGGGGUUAAAAUUGGAAGCAACAUUUGCUUGUAAGAUGUCAAAUUGAAUCUAACAGGAUGUCAUGUAUUAUAGAUGUACCUGGGGAUAAUACAGCUGGAUCAGUGCAAUUCUGAGAAUGAAUUAUCCAGGUAAAUAAGUAACUUCGAUUGUAAAAACAAAGCUUGUUAGAAUUGGUACAUAUUUGUAUGUAUUUGCUGAAAUUGUUAUUAUUUUUUAAAUGAUUACACCUUGCUUUUGAGAUGUACUUGCUUUCUGCACCCUCCCUUUCCCCCAACGCUUGUUCUAUGACAACCUAAGUUGAAAAUGAUGAGAACUGGCAAUUUUCAUGUAAUGUUAUUGCUUUAGAAGCUUUUUGAGUUAUGCCAAGAUUGUACCACCUGGCUUGUGUUUGUUUAUUUACUAUGGAGCAUUGAUUAUUGGUGAUGGUUUAAUGUAUCAUGUGGGAUAAGGAGAAAGAGAAGUGCUCUCUUUGUAUCUCAUAUUACCAUAUCCAUCUCAAAAGACAAAUGAGAUGGACGUAGACUUAGCCAAAAUUAAUAUGUCAGAUAAUGUUGUGACGUUGAAUGGAGAGAAAUGACGCUUUUUGUAAUUUUUAGCACUUGAAAUAGUUUGAAUUCUCUACACGAAGAUUAACAGUCUUUCUGCUCUUUUUGUUUCCUCACUAAAGCAAAGCAAGGCUUGUAACAUGUAUAUGACAAAUGGGGAAGCGGGGGUAUUUUUGCUGUGUAUUUAAAAGUCAAAAGUUCGUGGAUUCUGCCUCAAUUUUUCAUGCCGACUCUGACGGAAGUUUAGCCCAUGAGAGAAUGGGAGAGCAUCUGUCUUAACUCUGUCAACUCUGCACUUUGGAACCUGAAUGCGUGGUGUGAAGGGAGGAACAUCCUUCUCAAUAGAUAGAAAUCAGUGCAUUGAAUUCUUGAAGGUGUCGAAUACUGUAUCCUAUGCAAACUAGCUUUGCCAAGUCAAAGUUAUCAGUUGUUCAAAUAUGUUCAACAUCAGGUGGAAAAAUACAUAAAACGAUUGAAAUAAAGAAAAAACUCUUUUGCUGUUUUAAGGGAAGGAGAAGCAAAAUGAGGUAUUGAUGUACCUGGUUUGAGGGCUUGUGACUUGUGAAAGUUAUUUCAAACUCACUUGUCAUAAGUGAGUAUUUAAGCAUCUCUGUUAUUGAAAACGAGAUCUCUUUCUAUCUUUAUCUCUCGUUCAAUAAAAUUACAAACUUAUUAAAAA